AUGGGUGGCAACCAGCUGCUGAUGGGUGGUAACCGGCUGCUGGUGCGGUGGGAGCGGCACGCUUCCGGCGUGCUGGCGCACCUGCGGCGCCUGCUGGCCGCCGAGGCGUUCGUCGACGUCACCCUCUGCUGCCAGGGCCGCCGCCUGCGCGCGCACCGCGUGCUUCUCUCUGCUUGCAGCCCCUACCUGCAGCGCAUACUACUAGAGCACCCAUGUGGCGCGGGCGAGUCGGUGACGGUGAUCCUGCACGACGUCAGCCAUGAGGAUAUGCGCCGCCUGCUGGACCUCAUGUACACCGGAAGCACCGAAGUUCCGGGCCACGACCUGUCGCGCUUUCUGUGCACCGCUAAGGCGCUCGACGUCAGUCUGCUACGAUCGGCUGCACUACAGAUUUGUGAAGUCGCCACCUCACCUGCAGAACCCGACAGACAACCCACCCCCGCCACCACACCCGCAGUAGCGCCAUCACUACGGAAAACGCCGCCAGACUCUGUAGCGCCGUCUCCAAAGGAGCCCAGCCAGUGGCCACUAAUGGCCCCACAACUUCGUAGCACUGACCCUGCGGUCCACUGGCAGCAGGCACCACAUACAGGUCCGCCCAUGCUGCCGCUGGCGUGUCGGAGCCCUCUGAUGCCGCCGUCCCCGCCGCCCACAAUGGCCCAAAGCUCCAACCAAGCUGCUGGCGAGCUCGCGUCGCAGGAGCAGCUGUUGCGAGAGCGCCAUGUCUGCACCCCACCGCCCAAUGUUACCUUCGUCAGCAAGUCGCCGGGGACCGCGAGCAUGAGCCGACAUGUCCAACCAAAACAGCAGCACGAGGCCUCCAGAGCAUCGUCAACAUGCCAGCACGUGCAGGAGGAGGACAGCUUUCGCCUGAAGCGGUUGAUGGGCGUAGUACAUGCAGAUAAGAAGACACGCCCAGAAACUAAUAACAUCAACAGAAGCAGCAGAAGCGUUAGCGGCAAACCCUGUGGGGCGAAGGCCGUGACGUCUCUUCAGCAGCUGCAACAGCACCAGAGUGAUGCCCCUGUUGAGCACCAGCCACCACCAUCUCCACCACCUCUCUGUAUUCCUCCACAGCAGAGCGAUCAUCUCAAUCCCGCGGUGCCACCUCUCCCGCAAUCACAACCGCUCCCGACGGCACCAUCACACUCAUUAUUACCAUCAAAGCUUCCAGCGCACUUCCAGGAACUCAAGCAGCCAAAUCCACAACAGAUGCAGCUUCCGCGCCGUCGACGACAGCAGCCUCGAGACUUGCCAGAAUCUUCCCAGAGACCUGAAGAUCCGCCAGCAAAUCCAACUUUAUCCUGUGAAGCAGCCACCGAGCUGCAGAGGAAUUACGAGUGUGAAGACUGCAGCAAGCUCUUUGCCACCAAGGCGUCUCUGAAGGUGUGCAGUCUUUUUUGCUGGACUUCGCCAUUUUGCGAGUAACUCUCAUAAGGGCUUAUAUCUGUAUCUCUUUUUACCCAUUAUUUUUAUUUACUUCCUUACGA